ACAGUUUCUCACUUCAGUUUGUGCAGAUUUAUGUCUCCUCUGAAAUAAAAGAUUUGCAAAAUAGCUCAAGUUCUUUCAGACGAAAUGAAGAUGGACGUAAGCUUUCAAAUAAAGGCAAUUAGUUCUUAAUCUGAUUUUGAACUUCCUGUUGGCAACGAUAAUUUAAACCUGCUAAUCAUAAACCAGCUCGUCUAAGAUAAACCUAAUCUCAUUUCAAGGUAAAAAAUAAAGUCAUAAAGUGUGUAUCAUUAAUCCAAACACCACAUCUCAUGAUAAGAUGCCUAUAUAAAUAUCCCUUGCAAACAGCAGCAUGUUGUUUACUUCAGCAUUUAAUUCACAAGGCAAGGUUUGUGUAUGUUGUUGGGUGAUCUAUUGUUUCUGCAUGUGCUGUGCAUUGACAUGAUUUUAUAACUUCCUUUGAUUUUUGGUUACUGAACAUUUAUUUUGUUGACUCUAUGCAGCGUAAGAAGCAACCAUGAGAAACCUUUCAGCUCUACUUCUGCUGCUUCUCCAGGGAACGGUGCUGGCUCGAACAUAUAAAAAUGUUGCAUUGCAUGGAAAAGCCACCCAGUCUCACCGGAUAGAGCAUCCUUUUUCAUCUGCCUACAAUGCCAUUGACGGAAACCGUCAGGCUACCUAUGCUGCAGGAUCAUGCACUCACACUAUUGGAAUGACCAAUCCCUGGUGGAGUGUGGACCUGCUGGAUUCCUACAUUGUCACUUCAAUCUCCGUCACCAACAGAGGAGACUGCUGUCCGGAACGAUUGAACGGAGCAGAGAUUCACAUUGGCAAUUCUUUACUCUACAACGGUGCUGCAAACCCAGUGGUUGCUGUCAUUUCUCAUAUCCCAGCAGGAAGGACUUUAACCAUAACAUUUACCAGACUUGUGGAAGGCCGUUAUGUGACUGUUGUGCUUCCAGGUGCUUCCAGAAUGCUCACUCUCUGUGAGGUGGAGGUUUAUGGAUACCGUGCUCCAACUGGGAAUGUGGCAAUUUAUGGGAAAGCCACACAGUCAACGGUUUAUCCUGGAGCCAUCGCCUACUACGCUAUUGAUGGGAACCGUGCAGCACUGUGGAGCCAGAGUUCCUGCAGUGCCACAAAUAAUGACUUUAACCCCUGGUGGAGACUGGACCUGGGCAGCACCCAUAGAGUGUUCAGGAUCAACAUAACCAAUCGGGUAGAACUUCCCACUCGAAUUAAUGGAGCUGAAAUUCGUAUUGGAGAUUCACUUGAUAACAAUGGAAAUAACAAUCCCAGGUGUGCUGUGAUCUCAACCAUCGCUCCAGGUUCUACUGAAACCUAUCAGUGCAACGGCAUGGAUGGUCGAUACAUCAACGUUUUCAUACCUGGAAGAAAUGAGUAUCUCACCCUGUGUGAGGUGGAAGUGUACGCAUCCCAACUGGAUUGGCAAAUCCCUCACCUCAAACAGCAAACCCACCUAAGAAUCAAGUUUUUCUCUGUUUUUGUCAGAAUCAUGAGGUACGAUGUACUAUUUCAUUUGCUGCUCCUCCUGCCAAUCUGCUCAGCUUACACUUACCAAAAUGUGGCUUUACGUGGCAAAGCUACACAGUCUUCUCAGUACAAAGGGGAGCCUUGGAAUGCAUUUGUAGGUGCUUCCAAUGCUAUUGAUGGAAACCUAAAUGCUGACCUUACAAAGGGAUCUUGUACCCACACUGAUACUGAAAACAACCCCUGGUGGAGAGUGGACCUGCUGGACUCAUAUAUAGUCACCCAGGUCGUCAUCACCAACAGAGGAGACUGCUGUGCAGAGCAACUCAGUGGUGUGGAGGUUCGCAUCGGAAACUCUUUACGACAAGAUGGCACUGUAAACCCACUGGUUGCUACCGUUUCUACUGCUGCAGCUGGAAGCUCUUAUGCAAUGAAUUUUACUGAGCGUGUUGAAGGACGUUAUGUGACCAUCAUAGCACCUGGUGUGAACAGGGUUCUACAUGUCUGUGAAGUGGAGGUCUACGGAUACCGCGCCCCAACUGAAGAAAAUGUGGCAGUUUAUGGAAAAGCUUCACAGUCAACAGUUUAUCCUGGAGCCAUCGCCUACUACGCUAUUGAUGGGAACCGUGAAGGCCACUUCAGCCAGAGUUCCUGCAGUGCUACAAAUAAUGACUUUAGCCCCUGGUGGAGACUGGACCUGGGAAGAACCCAUAAAGUCUUCAAUAUUAACAUAACCAAUCGGGUAGAAGUUCCCACUCGAAUUAAUGGAGCUGAAAUUCGGAUUGGAGAUUCACUUGAUAACAACGGAAAUAACAAUCCCAGGUGUGCUGUGAUCUCAACCAUCGCUCCAGGUUUUACU